AUGAAAAACUGUACAGUAAUAAGAACUUUUAUCCUGCUGGGACUGACAGAUGACCCACACCUGCAAGUUCUGCUUUUUAUCUUUCUAUUUCUCACCUACAUGUUGAGUGUAACAGGGAACCUGACUAUUAUCACCCUCACAUUGGUGGACCACCACCUUAAAACUCCUAUGUACUUCUUUCUCAGAAAUUUUUCCUUCUUAGAAGUCUCAUUUACUACAGUCUGUAUUCCUAGAUUCUUGUACAGUAUAUCAAUGGGGGACAAUACCAUUACCUACAAUGCUUGUGCCAGUCAAAUAUUCUUUGUUAUUCUCUUUGGAGCAACACAAUUUUUUCUCCUGGCAGCCAUGUCCUAUGACCGCUAUGUGGCCAUCUGUAAACCCCUUCAUUAUAUGGUCAUCAUGAACAACAGGGUGUGUACCUUAUUAGUCCUCUGCUGUUGGGUGGCUGGCUUGAUGAUCAUUGUUCCACCACUGAGCUUAGGCCUCCAGCUCGAAUUCUGUGGCUCCAAUGCCAUUGAUCAUUUUAGCUGUGAUGCAGGUCCUCUCCUAAAGAUCUCAUGCUCAGAUACAUGGGUAAUAGAACAGAUAGUUAUACUUAUGGCUGUAUUUGCACUCAUUAUCACCCUAGUUUGUGUGAUUCUGUCCUACUUGUACAUAGUCAGAACAAUUCUGAGGUUCCCUUCUGUUCGGCAAAGGAAAAAGGCCUUUUCUACCUGUUCAUCCCACAUGAUUGUGGUUUCCAUUGCCUAUGGAAGCUGCAUCUUUGUCUAUAUCAAGCCCUCUGCAAAAGAUGAAGUGGCCAUAAAUAAAGGAGUUUCAGUUCUUACUACUUCUGUUGCACCCUUGUUGAAUCCCUUCAUUUAUACCUUGAGGAACGAGCAAGUGAAACAAGCUUUCAGUGACUCUGUAAAGAGGAUUGCAUUUCUCUCAAAGAAGUAG